GGACAGGAUGCUUCUUUAUUCAAGACUAAUCAAAAAUUAAAGAAACAGAUACAGGAGUUACAAGAAGAAAAUAAUCUCUUCAAAGUUAAAUUUGAAAUUCUCCUGAAUAUGGUAUUUUCAAAAGGAAUAUAUGGUUCUACCUAUAAAAAGAAUAAUUACUAGCAUUUGUAUUGAAAAGAAGUAUUCGCAAUGGUGUCUAAAUUACCUCUAGUUGUUAUAUUAGGAGCAACUGGAUCAGGUAAAACUAAAUUAUCGCUUGAAUUAGCUAAAAAGUUUGGCGGUGAAAUAAUUAGUGCUGAUUCUAUGCAAAUUUAUAAAGGCCUCGAUAUAAUUUCUGCAAAAGUAACCAAAGAAGAACAGCAAAUUGCUCCUCAUCAUCUAAUUGACAUCCUCAAACCAGAAGAAACUUACACAGUUAUAGAAUAUAGGAAUAAAGCAAAAGGAAUUAUUGACGAUUUGUUUUCCAAAAAUAAACUUCCUAUAGUAGUUGGAGGAACCAACUAUUAUAUAGAAGCAUUGUUAUGGAAUAUAUUAGUGGACAACUGUGGAGAAAACCUCAAGAGACCAUCUUCUGAAGUAUUCAACGAAGAAUUUAAUCAUUUACCUAGUCCAGAACUGCAUAAGAAAUUAACAUUAUUAGAUCCUGAAAUGGCAAGAAGGUUACAUCCUAAUAAUAGAAGAAAAAUACUGCGAUCUCUAGAAGUGUUUCACGAUAAAAGUAGAAAACUCAGUGAUAUUUUGGACGAACAGCACAAUUCAAAAGGUGGUUCUAAAACAUGUGGUGGCCUACGUUACCCUAACUCAUUAAUUUUCUGGGUACAAUGUAGUCAAGCAGUACUAGAUGAAAGACUUAACAAACGAGUAGAUGAAAUGAUGAAGGAGGGACUGAUAGAAGAACUCCUGAAAUUUCAGAGACAUUUCCAAAAUCCAGAUUACACAAAAGGAAUGCUACAGUCUAUUGGAUUCAAAGAAUUUCAUUCCUUUCUUACACUUCCAGAAUCUCAAAGGAAUGAAGAAUUAGGACAGGAAAGAUUACAAGAAGGUACCGAAAUGUUGAAAAUAGCAACAAGAAGAUAUUCAAGAAAACAGGUCAAGUGGAUAAAUAAUAGAUUCUUGGCUAGAAACGAUAGAACUGUACCACCCAUUUACGGUUUAGACGCUACAGAUGUUUCAGCAUGGACUGAGAAUGUGUUCGGCAAAGCAAGUGAUAUUGUGGAUUCAUAUUUGUUAGGCACACCUUGCCCUCACGAGAGAUUACCCAAUUUAGAAAAAGUGUCUACUGCCAAUGUAGAUUUCCUCACGUAUAAAUGCAAAAUUUGUGAUAGAGUAUUUGUAGGAAAAGAACAAUGGAAUAUUCAUUUAAGGUCUAGAAAACAUAAAAAAACGAAAGAAAAACAAAACUCUGCUUUAUUGAAAAUUGAAUCACCUGCACAAAAUGAUGAAAUUUCUCUUAGUACCGAGACAAUAGCAGUGGAAAAACUUGAGAAAACUAAUUAAAUUACUUUUGAGAUUAUGCUUCAAUUCUGCAUAUUUUUCAAAUAAAGAAUGUAAAUAUAUUUUUACCAUUAGCUUGAUAUUCGAAAUGUGAAACUAAACUUUUAAUGAUCGAUAUCAACUUGAAUGAAAAAAAAAUCUUUUUAGUAUUACAAUUUUUUUCUUUUAGCUAACACAAACAACUGCAGAAAGUCAUCUCCAACAAAGGGAAAUUGAAAAAUUGAGGAAAUUAGACAACAGAUAACAAUAAAAUAUUAAUUUAUUCUUAAGAUAAUGUACAAAAAUAUAAAAAUUGACUUAUGAAUUAGGGCACCGUUGUCUGGUAUGGCCUGAAAAAAAAAACAAGUUAUAUUCCUUAUGAAAAAGAAGACAUGAAUAAAGACAAAUUGAUAUUAAA